AUGGCAUCGCCACCAGACUCUGCAUCUAUUGGAUCUUGUUCUCGCUCAAGCUCUGUCCGAAUCACCCGUAAGACAAGUACCGCCACUUCUGAUUUCCCGUCGUCGGAAUUGCAGAAAAGGCCGUCCCAGUUAGAAGAAAACUUCAAAGAUGUCUACCCUUCGUCCGAACCUGAUGAUCCUCACAUCGACAGCGUCGAGGCGUGGGAAACUUUGAGCGGCAUGGCUGCUUUCAAGUUAGAGCACAACAAUUGCAAGUCUUGCAGUAACAUUUCUCCUUUUCCCCGGAUCUCGAUGGACGAGGGCAAUGGUACGCCAGAGCUACCUGACACGGACACGCCCACCAAGCACCACGGCCCCUUUCACAAAUGGAUGAGGAAUCUGCACCGGAGAGCGAAACAACGGCCUAGACCUAUGGAUGCAGAUGAUACUUUACCUUGGAAACUACUUGACCCCAUUGAUAGGCCAUCGCUUUCUCGAAAAAAUCGCCACAGAAGGUCAUCAUCGGGGUCGUCAUUUGGUUUCGUUUCGGCGAUGAAAAGUGCUAGUAUCAGUCUUGCCAGCGGCAGUGUUGUGUCCCGCCCCCGGACUUACAGCCGCCGCUCUUUCGCACAUUCCAAGACCGAUCGCAGUAGCAGGGCAUCUUUUACCGCAGCGAGAUUUUCAGAAGACAGCUGUCACGUUGAAUGGCCGGUCAAGGUCGAUCCAAUGGCCACAGAGCGUGCUUUACAACGGCGGCGUAUCCUAGAGGAGCUCAUCAGCACGGAGGAAGGUUACAUUGGGGAUAUUCGCUUCCUCAUGAAUGUUUACAUUACGAUUCUUGCGUCAUUACCCACGCUGCCAAUGGGACUAAGAUCAUCAAUCAAUCGGAAUCUUACGGACAUUGUUGAAUUGCACGAAGAGCUCCUGGGUGAGCUGCAUCGUGUUGUUCCGGAUUCCGAGUAUACGCAGAUAGACUUUUCCGUCCCAACCAGUAACCCCAUGAUCCGUGGCCACCAGCGCCUGAGGAGUCUCGAUUCUGUGCCGGAAGACGACAAAGCCAUAUGCUGGCUGCAGGACGUCCCAGGCAUGAUGUUGGAGGCCCAAACGGCCGGUGAUGUUGCAAAAGUCUUCAGCAGAAAGAUGAAUCGAUUCUUUAUCUACGAGGAAUACGGGGCGAAGUACGAGAUGAUGAUCAAAGAUGUUGCUUCAGCCCACCGGACCAUGCCGCACUGGGACACAUACCAAAGGGGUAUUGAGGCACUAGCAUCUUCUUUGGGUUCCGCCAAUGCUCAUGUUGAUCAAUUGAAAAAGUCAUUGACCAUUGGAGACUUGCUUGUCAAGCCCAUUCAACGUAUUUGCAAAUAUCCGCUACUAUUUGCCGAACUCCUGAAAUACACACCCGUUGCAGAUUGUCCAAAUUCUCACAUGGAAGUCGAGAGUGCUCUUCUUCGACUACGCGAAGCUACAGCGGAGAUCAACCGGGCAACCAACGAUACACAUAUGAAGUCCACUCUAGAAAAAACGUGGAUUCUUCAGGAUCGACUGGUGUUUCAUGAACAGAAGCUUGAUGCUGCAUCGAAGAAUCGCAUUCGCUCAUUCGGUCAUGUUGAGCUUUGCGGUGUGCUACAUAUAUGCUGGCAGACCAAAGACGGCACCAAGGGGCAGUACAUGAUUUGCCUCCUCUACCACAACGUUCUGUGUCUUGCCACGGCCAGCAAAGUCGACCAGAUUUAUACGAUUCAGGCAUGUAUCAAUCUGUCAGGCAUCAGAAUUGAAGAAACGGACAACGGACGAGGACUCCAGUGUCACACGGCUCCAUUUUCAUGGAAACUUGUCUUUGAGUGCGACUCUCAACUUUAUGAAAUACUAAUGACUGCGUGCACUCCACGUGAACAGGAGGAAUGGCGAAACAGACUGUCAAACCCAGCCAAGAGAGAAGAAGAACAGAUCGAUCCCAACUUGUACAGCUCUAUGUCUCUGUCUAUCAGGAGCCUUGGUACAGUAUUUAGGAAACCAGGCACUGUCGCUCGCAGGAUAUCAAUUCAUCGUGCCACGACAGUAGGCCCCAAAUCACCAUUGUGUCAAGUCAUCUUGAAAAACACCAGUGUUUUGCGAGACAAUUCAGAAGCAACUUCUGGCUCAUCCAUUAAUCGGUCCCAAUCGCUACUUAUGACAACGAGCCCUCGCAUCCCGAUCAUUGCUCCUCCACGAGGCGAAAGGGCUCGUCUUGAAGCAUUAAUGUCCGACAUCUGGAGUCGAGAAGUGCUGCCUUUCCCUAGCAUGACAGGUAGAUCUCGCAGCGAGCAUCUUGUGCGAAGCUCAGCAAGCACUAUGAUGCGGAAGUUGAGUGUUGCAAGCAUUGCCAGCUCCUUCGCCAAAAGAUCAAAUAGUGUCGCCAGCAUGAGCAAAUAUAUGGCCGAUGACGAUUUGGGAGAGAAGCAGGAUGCCAUGUAUCACGGACCUUCGUCCAAGCUCAAAAAGACUGAGUCUCCCCACGAGCACGGCCCCGAUGACGAAUUGAAUGAAACAACAAAGGCUCGACUCCCAAAGAUUGACGAUGAUAUCGAGCUCACCAGUACCGUCAGCGCUCCAACAACGCCAAUGCUAGGGUCAACCAGAGUCGAUGUGCACGCGGAUCCAGUCGAGCGGCUCAAGCUAGAACACGGUAACAUGAUUGCCGAAAGUGCUUUAACGUCUAGACCGAUUGUUUUGCGGACUGCAUCUGGCAACAACCUUCCCCGAGCCCGUCGAAGCCCGAUGCCGCCAAAAAGAUCACCUUGUCCACCAGACAUGGAUACCCAAGGUCGUGCACAAAAGAUCCCUAGGCUCUCUCACAGGGCAUCGAUGCGAUGGGGCAAGGUCGGCACAUUGAACAGAGACGAUUUGGUGCAGGGCAUACGCAGCUUUUUCCGUUGA